AUGAUUGUCUAAGUCGUAAAACGUCCUGUAUUCGAGGCGGAUAGCGAAGUGACAAUCAGUGCCAUAGAAGAGCCGUUGCCGCAACAAACUAGGCGCCGAAUGCCUGCACAUCUACCUGUUCGCCAGACUCGUCAAUCAAUGGUGGGCGGAUUGCAGUGGUUGAUGAGUGGAUCAAAAGCGCACGUACCGGCCAGUUCUCCGUCUCAGACCCAACGUCAUAUGGGACAGACAGAGUUUGAGUAUUGGUUAAAUCGUCUUCAUUUGCAGUUCGGCGGCGAUGCUAAUGCAGUGGCUGAGAUGAUAAAAGGGGCUUUAAGCGGUGGGAAAAGUCAGAUUUCCUUGCUCACUGUGGUUAUGGGAGGCGAAUCGGGCCAAGUGCGAGCUUUCCUCAAUCAGAUCACAUCAUCAGGAAACAUAUUGUCCUAUUUAAAGGUGAUGGAUUUGAGGGUUCAACCCUACUUUUAG